UUUCUGUUUUUGCAAAUCAGAAUUAUUUUCUAUUUUGUUGUUGUAACCUAUCACUUUUUUUGUUAUUUAAUAAGUUUUAUUAUAAUAAAACCAUUAAAGAUAAUAAUAGUAUAAUAACUUCAAACACACACAAAAAAAUGAGCAAAAUCAUGCGUUUAGCACUAUUGCAACUAAAAGGUUCUAAGGACAAAUUAGCAAGUUUAAAUAAUGCUUCUUCUAAGAUACGUGAAGCUGUACAACAGCAUCAACCACGUUUAAUUACCUUGCCCGAAUGUUUUAAUUGUCCUUAUGGCACAAAAUAUUUCCGUGAAUAUGCCGAAACAAUACCAAGCGGUGAAACCUCUCGACAAUUAUCGCAAUUGGCCAAGGAGUUGGGUGUGUAUAUAGUGGGUGGUACUAUACCGGAAAUAGGUGGGAACGAUAAAAUCUACAAUACCUGCACCAUUUGGUCGCCGGAGGGUAAAUUAUUGGCUAAACAUCGUAAAAUGCAUUUAUUCGAUAUUGAUGUCAAGGGUGGCAUACGUUUUAAAGAGUCUGAAACAUUAUCUCCAGGACAGGAGUUUACUAUUAUAGAGGUUGAUGGUCAUAAGAUCGGUAUUGGUAUUUGUUAUGAUAUACGUUUUGAGGAAAUGGCUAAAAUUUAUAGAAAAGCUGGCUGUGAAAUGUUGAUUUAUCCUGCUGCAUUUAAUAUGACAACCGGACCUUUACAUUGGGAAUUAUUGCAACGUUCUAGAGCUAAUGAUAACCAAUUAUAUGUUGUUACCACUUCACCUGCUCGUGAUGAAACAGCCGAAUAUGUAGCUUAUGGUCACUCCAUGGUAAUUGAUCCUUGGGCUAAGGUUCUUAAGAGUGCCAAGGAAGGAGAAGAAACUGUAAUUGCUGAUAUUGAUUUCUCUGUGGUCGAAAAAGUACGUGAACAAAUUCCCGUAUUCUCCCAAAGACGUGUAGAACUGUAUGAGACUGUUAAGAAAUGAUGUGAAAUAAAUGUAAACGCUUAAAGUUUAUAAACUACUGCAAA